AUGGACCUAGAGGCUGAGCCGGAAACCGAGCCACACACUCAUCCGCACAAGUACAAGCGUGAAGCAGCACAGGCUCCCCGGACAUCUAACCGUCCAGAGGGCUGGGCAGCUAAACAGAGAAGACAAAGGGGCAUCAACCACCCAACUCUGACUUGUGGAGCCCAAACAACAGCACUACAGCCCCACUCAAAUGGACCGCUUAAGCCCCCAUCAACCAGUAAGAGCCGCAAGCACAUACAGAGGGUGAGGCACCGACGACAAAACAGGAACCUACCGAAAGCCUCGGAUCCCAGCACUACCACCAGCCUGACAAACAAGAGGAGCAGAGGUAUGCUCCUAGCCAGCAACGGAAAUCUACGACAACCAGCAAGCGGGACACCGCAAGUGGAAUAUCCUCACCGGCACGAAGCCCAGAACCUGCUGCAACCUAACCAGAUGACGCGGGGGAAUCUCGCCGUCACAAAGGCACCGGAACGGGACUGUGGUAUACCUCCUGCGGGCGUGGGCUGA